AUGGAAUUCCUCUCUCUCGACGAUUUCAUCGUUGCCUUGCAACCGUUCGCCAACAAAGAUCUCCUUACACCACCUGAAUCUUCACGACUCCAACUUGUGAUCACGGAGCUAUUGGUGGACCAUUUUGUCGACUUAAGAUUGCUCAAGUUUCUUCUGCGUUUUCUCACUCAACAAGCCUAUGAUGAGAUUAUAGAAGAACGCAAUAUAGAGCACCUCUGUGGAUACAUACUAUGUGAUAAGCUGCCUCGCCAGCUGGUGAGACGACUUCUGACGAACUCCAAUGGAACUGUACCAGCGCUGUUGAAGGACCCAGGAGCACUGACAAAGUUUCAGAUCUAUAACCGCAAGCCUCUGAUGGUAUUGCCGAACACGUAUUUGUCGCAGUACUGUUGUAAGGAUCAUUACAGAGCUCUGAUUUUCUACCGUAACCAACUUUCCAACGAAGCCGUCUUCUCUCGGAAGGAUAUAUUGAUAGAACCGCCGUUCCCUCAAACAGGAACUGGCUAUUCCGUCUGGUACGAAAACAGCAUUACUUGCUUGGAAGAAGUCAUUGCUAAACACAAAGAGCUUAAAGAACAGGGCAAGUCGCUUUCUGAUGUCAUAGCCAUGAUGAACGGAUUGUCUAUAGGCGACAACCAAAUGACUCCAGAAACCAGCCAGUUGAUCAAACUUAUCGAAGACUUCGAGAUUGUGGAGAAUGACCCCAAACCCCCUCAUGAAGAUUCCUCAGAGCUGUAUGACGAGCUUAACCGCGAUCAACUAUCCAACUCUGUAGAAGGCUAUAUUACAAACAACAAGAGUUUCGGAGGGUAUGUUGUAUAG